AGUGUGGGCGCUCUCCACACCCCAACAGACAAACUUGAGAAGGGCAGGAUUCAUAAACGAAAUCUGAAAACACGUGGAAACUCUCCUCCCGGGUCACCAGAGAAAAUAGAAAAUAGAGCAGCUUUUUUUUUUGUCUAAGGAAAAAUACCACCAGAGGCUGUUGAAAGUGCUAGGAAACUGCUUCCUUCAUGCCCUUGUGGAGGCAGAUGUGAACCUUUUGGAACUCAGUUUGGCAAUAUGAGUCUACACCCUUUGACCUACUGAUGCCAGUCUUGGGAAAUAAGUAGGUUAAAACCUAAGUAGGGGGGCUUCCCUGGUGGCGCAGUGGUUGAGAGUCCGCCUUCCGAUUCAGGGGACGCGGGUUCGUGCCCCGGUCUGGGAAGAUCCCACAUGCCGCGGAGCGGCUGGGCCCGUGAGUCAUGGCCGCGGAGCCUGCGCGUCCGGAGCCUGUGCUCCGCAACGGGAGAGGCCACAACAGUGAGAGGCCCGCGUAUCACAAAAAAGUAGGGGAAAGGUUGAGGCGUUAGGCGUUGCAGUUUGGUAUUUUAUAAGUAGAGACACAGUGGAAACAACCUCUAAUCCCCAAUGAUACACCUAAUGAUAAAAGUAAUAAUACCUUUUUUGGAGCCGAAGGGUUAUAUUUCUUUAAACCAUCACAAAACCGUAUGAAACUAAUAUUCCCAUUCCACGGAUGGACAACUGGAACUCAGGUUUAAAAAAAACCCUUUUUGCUGAAGGAACGCAUUCGCUCAUACAGUUUCAGAAUGUCAAGUACUGUGUCCUACUGGAUUUUCAAUUCUGCAAGAAACAGCAUUGCCACAUUACAAGGGGGACAACGUUUAUAUUCAAGAUAUGCCUCAAAUAGGAUUAAAUCAAAAUGGAGGCUCUUUCCCCAGGGGCCAGUCACCCUAAAAAACAAUGCCUCAUGUGGUGGCAUUGCUCUGCAGAAAGCCUAUAGACACACAUCAACAGAGGAAGAUGAUUUCCACUUGCCGCUCAGCCCUGAGCAGGUAAAUGAAGUGCUGCGAGCUGGUGAGUCGGCCCACAAGAUUCUUGACCUUGACAGUGGAGUCCCAAGUUCGGUGUUGCGGUUUGAGAGCAACCAGCUGGCUGCCAAUUUCCCAGUGGAGGACCGGGGAGGUGUAGCCACCUGCCUGCAGACCAAUGGGCUGAUGUUUGGUGUCUUCGAUGGACAUGGUGGCCACGCAUGUGCUCAAGCGGUGAGCGAGAGGCUCUUCUACUAUGUGGCAGUGUCACUGAUGUCCCAGCAGACGCUGGAGCAGAUGGAGGGGGCAAUGGAAAGCAUGAAGCCCCUGCUGCCCAUUCUGCAGUGGCUCAAGCACCCAGGGGACAGUAUCUACAAGGAUGUCACGUCAGUGCACCUUGAUCACCUCCGUGUCUACUGGCAGGAGCUGCUGAACCUGCACAUGGAAAUGGGGCUGAACAUUGAGGAAGCAUUAAUGUACUCCUUCCAGAGGCUGGAUUCUGACAUCUCGCUAGAGAUCCAGGCCGCCCUGGAAGAUGAGAUGACCAGGAACCUUUCACUCCAGGUUGCUUUCUCAGGGGCAACAGCUUGCAUGGCCCAUGUCGAUGGAAUUCACUUGCAUGUGGCAAACGCUGGUGAUUGCCGGGCCAUCCUUGGUGUCCAGGAGGACAAUGGCAUGUGGUCUUGUGUGCCCCUCACCCGGGACCACAAUGCCUGGAACCCAACCGAGCUGUCACGGCUAAAGAGGGAGCAUCCUGAGUCAGAGCACAGGACAAUCAUCAUGGACAACAGGCUGCUGGGUGUCCUCAUGCCCUGCAGGGCCUUCGGGGACGUCCAGCUGAAGUGGAGUAAAGAGCUGCAGCGCAGUGUCCUGGAGCGGGGCUUUGACACCGAGGCCCUCAACAUUUACCAGUUCACCCCCACACACUACUACACUCCACCUUACCUGACGGCCAGGCCUGAGGUCACGUACCACAGGCUGAGGCCCCAGGAUAAGUUCCUUGUGCUGGCCUCUGACGGCCUGUGGGAUGUGCUGGGCAAUGAGGAUGUGGUGAGGCUUGUGGUGGAGCACCUGGCUGAAGUGUGUCGGCACAAGCCAGACCUGGCCCAGAGACCCGCCAACCUGGGACUCAUGCAGAGCCUGCUGCUGCAGAGGAAAGCCCAGGGGCUCCACGCCACCGACCAAAACGCAGCCACACGUCUGAUCAGAUACGCCAUAGGGAACAACGAGUACGGGGAGAUGGAGCCUGAGCGGCUGUCGGCGAUGCUGACAUUGCCAGAGGACUUGGCAAGGAUGUACAGGGAUGAUAUCUCUGUCACUGUGGUGUAUUUUAACUCAGACUCGAUUGGUGCAUCUUACAAGGGGAGUUAAGAGUCUCCCAUCCUGUUGCCAAGGUUAACUUAAAUGCUCUUCUAAGACAUGUUCACUUACUCUUAAACUGGCUAUUUAGACCUUGUUGUUAAAGGGCAGGCAGAUGUAGCUUGCUUAAUAAUAGAUUAACGUGAGAGAAAAAACAGCCUAGGAUUAAAAACAAUAGUAGUGAUUUUAUGUCCCUGCAUGUUUUGGUCACCUCUUCUACGCAGAAAGGGUGGAACACAGAGACCGUAGACUUGGCUGGGGCUCGUGUAACCCAAGUCCUUUUAUAAAUACACUGUUGUUAAACUGUCAGCCUGAGCCUGCGAAGUAUAAAAUGAAUCAUGAUUCUAAGGAUAUGAAGAAGUUCAGGAUCUUAGGAGGUCUUGAUACAAAAAUCUGCAAAGUUGAUAAUUCUCAAUUCGUAACCUAGACUAUGAAGGGAGGUUUUGUUUCUUUUUUAUUUUGAAGUUCCUAAAGACCUAGGUUUACAAAGCAUAUUACAGGAUACUUUUCUAUGCAAUAUUCUAACUUUUUUGUGUGUAUGAUUUUACUUGUGAAAACAUUUUGUAAUGCUGCAUUCUAGUUCCGAUUUAGUUUAUUUUAAAAUUGAGUCCUCAAACUUGCAAACAGGCCUGCUCUAAGCGAGCAUGCUUGGAAUGAGUUUUCUUGGUUUUCAGCUGAGGGUGAAGGUGGCCAGGCCUCUGAACCGGCUGAAUUUAUUUGUGCAGCUUUCGGACCUUUCCACUGAGUCCCACCCCCUGAACCUUUGAGCCAUGCUAGGAGGUUACUUCUGUCUGAGCCUUAACUCCUUUCCUGCAUUAAUAAAAUUUCCUCCGGGGUUUAGUAAAUCUCUGCAGAUUUACUCAUAGCACUUAACCUUUCUGAUUAUACCUCUCAGACAUUCUUCUAAUUCCACCUAAUGUUCCUUCCCCCUCUGCUAUGCUGAACUCCCUCACCCUGCUGCUGACUGUGCAAUACUGUCUAGAAAGAAUGCUCCCAAUUCACAUGGUUGCAGGGAAGGAGAAAAUUCAAGAUUGCAUGUGGUAAUUGUGACAGACAGUUUAGGCAGGACUGCUUAUACAGUGGAUUCUAGACUUAAAAUUCAGCCUGAAUCUGGAGAGGUAAAAACAUGAAGGACCUGAGAACAGUCACUUAGUCUCCCUAGCUGCAUCCCGAGGGGCAGUGGGGAAGAGGGAGGAGUGAGAUUUUUCAGAUGGGACACUUGCCUAUAGACUGUGGGAUAAAUGGCCAUUGCUACUCCUCAGGAACUAGGCCUUAUUUAAUAUAGGAGUUGGGGCAAAACCAAAUGUAACCUGUACUGGCUUCUAUGGGCUGCACAGUCUGUGUUUAUUUGAAAAUUAAACCAUGUGGAUCCUUUCUGGGGGGAUGAAUUUCAUGUUCUGAAUUGCUGUAGCAUUUAAACAACAGGAAAUGUGUCCCUAAAUGGAAACACAAAUAUAAUCCCACAAAAACUGACACUUUUUAUGUUCCUGCACUGUCUUCAUUGAUCGCUCUCCUCACCCCCUUUCGUACUGAAAGGAAAGCAAACAGCUAGGUUUGACUUCCACAUUUUUGUCCACAUUCAGGACAUUCAAGUGUUGAGAAACUUCUAGCCUGCGGAUACUUCCCUGUGCAUUUACUGAUAUGGCUUCAUCUAAGAAAUUCUCCUUUGAGUGCUUAAGCCUUGGUCCUUUUAUUCUGAAACUAUUAAUCUUCCUUCUGAUCUCCUAGAUCUUCAGAAAUAAAACGUGAAUCCCUGUCAUUCAGCUUGCAUGACGGUUUGUUACUAGAGCCUGCUUGUCUGACACCCUUGUUCUUUAUGCGAGCUAAACCCUGGUGCACGCUCUCAUUUACCGGGAUUACAGGGUCUGAAUCCUGUUUUGGAGCCUAGCUUGGGUCAUAAAUAUAGCUGAUUAAGUAACCUGUGUGACAGUUGAGAGAAUACAGACUUCCCACCUGUUCCUUCAAGGGUAUCUGUGUUUUUUCUCAGCCUAAUAGACUUCCUGCUUUCUAAUUGGUAUAUUGAGAGAGAGGAAGGGCUGGUUUCUUGUCUGCCUUUUGCCAUUGUGAACUCUGUCUGCUCUUGCCAUGAAUGCUCCACGGAGCAACUCCUGGUUAAACCCCAGCAUGUCUGAUUCCCUGACCACAGUUCUGCUGUCACUGGCCUUCCUGAGGCACAUGGGCUACCACUUGAGGACACUUGGGAUUUGAGAGGGAGUUGGUGGUACUUUGUCAGGUCUUCCGAAACACUUAUCAUUCCUUUUAUGUAAAGAUUCUGAUAUUGAGACUUCUGAAAUGAACUAAAAAAAUGAGAUUGAAUCUUUAAUGUUUAGGAUGUCACUUUUGAAUAAAGUAUGCUUUGGUGCUUUAAACAGCAUAUUUACUGUUUUAGGUAAGAAAUGGUAAUAUUGGCAUGUUUUAGAUAUUGUUUUUUAUGUAAAUAAUACAGUUCUCCUGAUUCUGGGGAUUGGUCAAAAUGGAUAGAGAAGUUCUAAAUUCAAGUUAGCGUGCUAGGUCAAGUUACUUAUUCAGUUUUCUGAGACGUUAUUUGUAACAUUAAAGCUAAUUUAUUAUAAUGAAAGUGUAAACUUUGAGGUAUGUUAAUAUAUAAACAUAUUUUUCCCAGAAGUACGAUUGGCCUAAAAGAUCGAGUGGGUUAAGACUUAGUUUAGACACAACUGAGCUGACACCUUUUAUAUGAGGGAAAUAGAAACAACUCAAACUUGAAUUAAAGAAUAGAAUAAUUAAUUGUAUAGAACACGACAGUGUAUUCAGAAUGAGUCUAGCUUGACUCUUUCAUCCAUCAGCCCCUAGUGACCUAUUUUUCGGUUUGACAAUCUUGGGGAAACCUUAACUUCCCAGGUUAAAUCAGGAUAUCCUGGAACUGAGCUAUCCUAGUUUCAUUGUUAGUGGUUCAUUUGUCGCUGAACAUGACUCCCAUAGCAGAGAAUGCCCGGGUGUGGCUUUGAGGCUGGGGAAUAAAGGCUGGUGGUACCGCUUUUUCCUGUGAGCUGCCACGUGUGUUACCAAGUGGAAAACACACAUGGACUGCAGUGCGACUGUCUACUGAGCAGGCUGAGGCUCUGUUCCCGAUGCCUUGGGCACCUGACGUUUAGUUUAACUGGCCUCCUUGAAAAUAUUUCUUAUCAAACAUUUACUUGGAAAAAUUAUUAACCAUGUUCUUUAGUAUUUACUGACAUUUGUAUUGUAAAGUGUAUACCAAUGUUUUUUUGACAUUGAUUUUCUAACCAUGAGAGAGAUUUAAAUGAAAUUUGUAAAUAAGAGAGGAAAAAUGAGAUUUGGUUUCUUUUGUUUUUGAAUAUUCAUAUUUUUAAGGUCCUUAGGGUACUAGAUUAGGCCAGCCUUUGUUUCACCACCUUUAUCUGGUCUGUUCAAUAGUCCACCCAAAAGAGAAAUUUUCUUUGCAAAUUUUCGAUGACUGCUGAGCACACAGGAAGUCCUUGCUUAAUGUUAACAGUGUGUGGGAAGCUGAAAAGAAUGAAAAGGAAGUGUGAAGGCUUUUGUUGUGAGGGUCUCCACACACUCAGGGCCAAGGCCUGCUGGGAUUUCACAUUAUUUAACUGGCCUUGUAAAACCAGCUUCUUUGUUAAUCUUAAAUUCAGAGCCAGCUUUGGGGAAGAUGUCUAGGCAGCUACCUAGAUAGAGUUGAAGACCCCACUCCAUCCCACCCCCACUGACUGAGUUUUAUCUCAUUGCCUCUGAGUGAUACAGCUCAUAAGGACAGCUUCAGUGGGUGCUUCUUAAAAUGCAAAUACAACUAUUAAGUUAUUAAAUUUAGUAUGGGCUAGGGUGGUUAAACUGGGCCUUGAGGAGGAGCAGAUUUGGGGGAGAGAAAGGUAGAAAAGGGAAUGUCUGAGGUCUGCUGAGGGUAAUGGAGGAGCUGUUUCCUUCUUUAUAACAUGAUAAAAACAGGCCCAGAGGCUUGAAAACUUGCCCCGACACUGUGGUAGGGCAGGAAUUUGAACCAAGUCCACUGUGCUGUGCACAUGUCCCAAUACUGGGCUUUCAGAAAGGGAUAAUAAUGCAGGAAAAAUCUCAUGGCCCACUUUUGGCACAGGGUGGGUGGGUGGAGAAGUAGGGUGUGGUGACAAGAAGCUAGAUGGAUAACCCAUGCAUUCCAAUAUCCCAUCAUUUGGAACUCAUAAACAUAGAGGGAAAACAGGGAGAAUUAAAUUUUAAACACUGUGCUCUUUAACUAGAGGGGGAAGUCAAUUUAUACUGUUCUUUUCACCUCUAGAGUUUUUGCUUCCAUUUUAUUUGAUGCUACUAAAUGGCCUUAAGUAGUUCCCAGGCUAGUGACCCUCUGUAUCGUGGGUAGCUGGCACUCCAAGCAGCUCCCUCUGGAAUGGAUGGGUGAACCUCUACUGGACCUCCAUGGAUCAUAGUGUCUUUGUUCCAUUGACCCCUGACCUUACCUGUUCCUGGCUGGGAGGAGCAAGUGGGGAUUGAGGGGGCCAGCCAGAGUUCCCCUUCCGACUUUCACUGGCGAGGGAAUAAGUGAAACCGAGCAGGACCCUGUGGGGCCCUCCUGGAUACAAAAGCUGCCCCCGCCUCCCGUCUCCUGUUUUUUAUUUGUAGAAAAGGCCCUGGUCUCCUAGGCUUUCCCAGAGUUCCAAAGAGCGGCACAAGAGUUACUAAUUAGGGAAGUGAAGGAAUUCAGGAACAAAGGAAAACCAGUUAAACAACAAAAAUAAUGACAAUAGCUCAUGGAUAAAACAGUUCCUCCUCAAGGUGAAUACGUAACUAUCUGACACUUAGCUUUGAGUUGUUCUGAAGGAACUAAACCCCACCCCACCACCCCAGGUGGAGGAUGGUGACUGCGUGCUGACCACAAGCACUGUGGACCUCAGACUGGUUGGAACCAGAAGGCGGAGGAUUGAGAUUACCAAGACACCACCCUGGAAAUCCCUGCCCUUUCCCCAAAAUAGUUGCAAUAAUCCUCCCUCUUAUUAGCCUAUGAAAUUACCCAGCCCAUAAAAACUAACCACCUAGGGACUUCCCUGGUGGCCCAGUGGUUAAGAAUCUGCCCGCCAAUGCAGGGCACAUGAGUUCGAACCCUGGUCCCAGAGGAUCCCACAUGCCGUGGAGCAACUAAGCCUGUGGGCCACAACUACUGAGCCUGCGCUCUAGAGCCCGCGAGCCACAACUACUGAGCCCGCGUACCGCAACUACUGAAGCCCACGCGCCUAGAGCCCGUGCUCCACAACAAGAGAAGCCACCGCAAUGAGAAGCCCGCGCACCGCAGUGAAGAGAAGCCCCUGCUCACGGCAACUAGAGAAAGCUGGCGCGCAGCAACAAAGACCCAACGCAGCCAAAAGUAAAUAAUAAAUAAAAUAAAUUUUAAAAACCCCAAAACCAGAAAACUAACCACCCCGUAUUUCGGGGCCCCCUCACCUUCUGCCUAUGGAAAUGUGUGUCUCUGCUUUCACUUUACUAUGGCUCGCUAGCUCUUGAAUUCUCCCCUGCAUGAAGCCAGGGACCCUCGCUCGGCAGCCCGUCCCAGGAACUUGACAGAGACCUGGGACGUGACCAUCCUCUCAGGCCCCAUUUUCCUGCAACCUCUUUACAAAGGAUAUUAAUAAAUUUACUUCU